AUGGUACAAGAAGUCCAACUGAGCUAUACCCAGGCCCUGCGAGCUUGUUACCUUGAUAUCCUCUCUCAGCUCGAUUCGUCCGUUAUCAACAAGAUUUACAGCGAUGUUGCCCGUCCGCGAAAGGACCCUAUUAGUGAUAUUCUAAGGGCGAUCGUAUUACUGUCGCCAGAUGAAAGGAAAGUUUUUAUCACUCACAUCUUCCAGAAAUGGAAGGUGAAGAAAAGCCCUGUCGACUUUCCCAAAAUCGAUCCUCUCACCAAUCUACUGAACGAUUUUUCAUAUAAUGAGCUUCAAGAGCUGUGGCGUCAAUGUCUGCCUAAAGCCAAAAAAGCCGAAGGGCUUGCCAAAUUAAUUCAAAUUCUGCCUUCAAGCCGUUUUCACCCCUCCUAUUCCCACUUGCGAGUCAUUGCAAACAGAGACCAGUUGGAGAACGUGAGGUUCAUUUUAGAGAUUCGGGAGAAGGAAGAGGAUUAUGAAAAUAGAAGACAAGGUGAUACUCCUCAUCCCGAAUUAUAUCUCAGCUCUAAUUUAUCUAGAUGA